GAUAUUCCAAAAGAAAUUUUGAAAGUGCUUAGAAUGUAUCACUCAUAUAUAAAUUUUGAACAUGCACAGGAAUCUAUAAAUUAUUUGCAACAUCAAACAGCAGCAGCAGGAUUCUUAAAAGAAUUUGGAAAAAUGGAUGGAUGUCAAAUGGAAUUUGGAAUAAUAUGUGUAUUAAGGAUUUCCAAGGAAUGUCUAAAGUAUGCUGCAUACGUUAUAAUGAUGCUGCACAAUUGUUAUCACUUUAUGAAGUUCUGCAAGAGUUUCAGCAUACAAAAUAUGUUAACACAAUAAUAGAAAUUUUGUUAAAAGAUGUAAUACCUAAAAUGAUGCAUUUUUUAAAGCCAACAGAUGAUAUGUAUUUACAGAUAUAUAAAAUGAUCGAUAUUUUGAGUCAAGGUUUAAAUCCAGAAAAUCCAGUUUUAGUUAGAACAGAAGAAUAGUUUUAUCAAA